UAAAAUAAAUUUCAUGACAAUGAAAUAAAAAUUAGUCUUAUGGAAUGGGAUUCUGUCUCAUCGAAUAUUAAGUUAAAGUCCGGCACGGUCAAAAACCUGACGUGUACACCGGUCUGAUCCGCUGCCAAGUAGGUCAACCGGCGUAUGCGAGAGUGUGAGACUGAGUAAAAAGAAAAAAAGAAACAUCACAAGUUUGCAGGACAAGAGGUGGAGAGAGAAAGAGAGAGAAAGAAAGAGAAAGACAGAAAGAGAGAGGCGAGGGAAAAAGAAGAAAUGGCGUGCCGCAGGCAGCGCCCGUGAAGUUGGCUCUCCUGAUGUCCAGCGGUUCGUUGUAGGCUCAUGAUCCAAAAUGGCGAACAUCAGUAGGCACCACAGCUCGCUUCGAAUUGACGACGACCGGUCCAGGUGCGCGGAAUCCUGAAGAAAGGGUCCACGCGAUAUCGCGUCCUUGACAUUCGCGUUCUUGAUCUUGCUAGAAGAAGCGUGGGGUUGCGAGAGCAACCGAUGAUCAUGGCGGGGCCCAACGGAUCAAAGGUCCUCGUGACCUUGACGAUCCUUGCACUGUCCGGAGUAUUGGCUAUACAGAACGAUAAAACAUCUUCUCGAAUGUCUCGGGAAAAUAUCGUGUUGAGUGCUAGUGCUUACACUGGUCCUGAAAAAACAUCCAGUAGAAGUCACCCAGAUGAGUCUUGGACUUUCCAAAGAACCGUUCCGGCGUUUCAACUAGAAAGCUCGAAAAACGUUAACGAUUACGAUAGGGAGGAGACCAGAAUUGUGUUCAAGGAUACGAGUCACGACGAAUCUAUCAACGAACUAACAUCGUCAAAGCACGUGGCCCAUAUCGACGGUAAUAACAUCGAGACGAAAGCCGGCGAGUACUAUCAUAUAGUGCCUACCACCAGCGAAUCGAUGUCGGGGGAAGGACAAGGGGCUCCGCUGAGAGUAGAUCUCCUGUCGGAGCCCCAUCAGCUGGUUGGCGCGCCGAGGCAACGAGCACAGCAUUCGCCAGCGGAUCAGCAGCGGCGAGGUCGUCAAGAGACCUCGAGGACCUAUAGCAUGCCGCCAAUUUUGCAAACCGCUCCACCAGGUAGACAAGCAAAUCCUGAUAUACAGGACAUUAUCACCGGUAUCGUCAAGUUGCUCAAUGGCAAUGUAAAUGUAGCCGCGAACACUGUGAGGCCGUUGAGGCCGAUACAAGCUACGAGGAUCAAUAACAGAGGACCACCCAGAAUAUCAGAUGUGCCACCAUUACCAUCAGACUUUGACACUCCUGGCAUGAAUCCACCGCCGCCACCAUCAUCACAUCCUUAUCCAUUUGAAAAGCCUCCUGCACCUGACAGACCGUUGUUGCCACCUGAGAGACCCAUUAGACCCUUUAUCAGCGGAGUGCCAUUACCAGAACAAGUCGUGCCGCCUUGGAGUUGGGAUUCUUCUUAUAAUGGGAACAGACGACCGUCACCUUAUCCUCCGCUAUCAUCAUUGGAUUCCUCCUUCCACCGCGACAAAAACCUUUCAACGACAGAGAACUCGCAGUAUGAUUUAAAACCGGAAUCCGAAACGCCUCAGGAGAGCUCCACGAUAAAGAAAGAUGCCAGUCAUCAAGAAACACUUAUCGAAGACGACGAUACUAAGAAUUAUGCGAGUAAUUCUAGCAAAGAUCGAGUCGAAACCACGGUGGCGUUCGAUAAUUCAACUAUUCAGAAUGCAACAAAGAAACACGAACCCGAAGAGUCUACAAAGAAGCCUAUUAAUCACAAAUAUUAUACACCGUCGAAGGAAAACAAAAUCAACAACGAGGAAACAUUGAUCCUUGGUCUUGCUACGGACGUCACUUCGACUCACACGAUACCACAUCUAGAGUCUUCGGUAGCAUCUUCGAACAGUGAGAUCAAAGUUACAAAAUCUUCGAAAAACGAAGAAAAACCGUUUUCGACAUCCAAAGGAGAAAAAUCGCCCGAGAAAGUUACCUCGACCAUCUUGAAGACUUUUUCGACCAGCACCUUGAAUAUCGAGACUAGUUCAUCGGUUCAAGUGAUCGAAUCUAUGUCGACAAGAGUCGUCCUUCGACCGACCGCGACUACCGUGAAAUCAAGUGUUGAUACUAAGUUUGGUGUGAGUUUGGAGCCUAGUAGUACAUCAGAUAUCGAAUACAUAGAAACGACGUCCAGCGUUUCGACACCGACCGACGGUCUCCCUACGACUUACUCGAAGAACUUGGUCACAACAGAGAAGAACAUUCAUCCCACGACUUCAAUAUUCACGAAAAAUACAGGCAAAUAUCGUCCGCGACCUGGGAUUGUCUUGGACGAUACUUUGGAUUAUACUGGAGCGCAAGGAUUACCAAGUCAAAGACCUUAUAUACCCUCGAGACAUCCAUCCUUUGGUGACGUCUUUGACGUAACAGUUUCGGCUAUUCAAGGACCCGGAGGAAGUUCUGGGGAGAGCGUUAGAGUGUCUCUAAAUUCAGGCGGCAGCGGUGGUGACGUUAUAUUAACUUCUGCAAUAGGUGGAGAAGGUUUUGUGAGUAUUGACGGCAAAAGAACAUAUCUGAAUCUAUUCGAUACCACGGAACGGACGCCCACACCUACCCAUGUACAAUCACAACCACCUAGAACACAACCGCCAUCCAUCAUCGGCACUGGUCUUGCUAUUCCACAACCGGACUCUCCUGUUGCCACUUCCCGUCCGAAUGUACCAAAUCGAAGGCAACCACCGUUAUAUCGAAGACCGACGCAGCCACCUGUCAGAAUAGACACUUGUAUCGUAGGUGACACAAGUACGUGCGACGCAAGUCAACACGAAGCUUGCGCGACGGUUCAAGGAGUAUCAGCUUGUCACUGCAAGCCAGGAUAUGCGAGAUUGCAACAUUCGUUGCCAUGCAAAAAGAUCGUCAGUAUUGUCGUGUCAAUUAGAGUUGACAAAUUUUAUGACAAGAAAGUCGUAUGGGAUCGAGGAUUAGCUGACAAGGAUUCAGAAUCUUAUCAAACUCUUGCUUAUGAGGCUAAUAGAGCCGUUGAAUCUGCCAUGUCUAUGACACCAUUUUCGGAUGAAUAUAUGGGAUCGCUGAUAAACAAUGUAUAUCAAGGAGACGUGAGCCAAGGACAAGGCGGAGUUUUCGUGAAUGCAACCCUGAAAUUAACUUACGAACCGAGAACAAUUAGGUCAAGCUUAGCCGGUGAGCUUCAAAGACAUCUGUUAGGUGUUAUUCAUAGAAGAAAUAACAACAUUGGAAACAGUGCCCUGUAUGUGGAUAGCCCACCAGGAUCUAUAUCGAACUUACAAGAUUUAGACGAAUGUGUUUCGUCGGAGUUGAACGAUUGCCAUUCAUCCUCUAGCUGUACUAACACUUUCGGCGGUUUCACGUGCACCUGUAAUUCAGGAUUGAAGGAUCCUCAUAAAAAUGAUCCUAAUGAAUCCGGCAGGACGUGCUUGUCGUGUCCCUCGACCUAUUGCAAUAAUCGCGGCACUUGCUCCUAUCAAGGAGAUCAGAUGCACUGCACAUGCACCGGCAAUUAUUACGGCACACAAUGCGAGGUCGACGGUGAAGUUUUGGGCGUCGCUAUAGGCGCAUCGGUGGCUGCGUUAAUAAUCAUAAUUCUGACUCUAGUCUGUCUCGUUAUGUGGAGUCGUAAGUGGUCUCGCGAACAAAAGUCUGCGGGUUCUCCGGUGUACGGUUACAUCCAAGGUGGAAUACCUGGUACUCUCCCAGGGACUUUAGCGAGGGUUGGUUCUGUAGGCACUUUGGCGUCUGUAAAACAAGGACCGCCAACGAAUUUACCACCUUACAUGUGGGCUCAUUUUGGGGAACACAUGGCUACUGCGAAUCUCUAUGCGUAAGAGUUUUGCUUGUUAAUAAGAAACUUCUUAAAAAUUUUUUUACUGGAAGACCGAACCCAUGGGGGAACAUUGCCUCCGGUCCCAUUACCGCGCCUUCAGGCCCCAUCACGGCCGAGACAAAGACCCCAACCAGAUCCGGAUAGCUCAGAUUCUGAGCCGCAAGAUAAAGACAGAGCUGACCUAAUUCCUCAGAGCAGUGGUUUUCACGUGCCAAGGCCAAAAUCGAGAUCUUCAUUAGCGAAUCAAAGCGGCAUAUAUAAUGACGUGGAGUACGACCAGGGUGAUGUUCAUCAUUUAUCGAAGAAUAACAUCCCGAUGUCUACUUACAGACCGUAUUACAGAACGUGAAAUUCGUUGCGAGUGGUGUAAGCGUACGUGUCAAGGGAUUGCACUAAAUAACCCAUCGCGAAUUUAUCGUCUAAAGUGCUCAAUAAAUAGUGCAUUAGGACACGGUGUGGUGCUGCUACUGCUGAUGCUGUAAAGUAAUCCCACGGUAGAAGCUGCAACUCGUUUCAGAGUCGUCUGAACAAACGAACUGAACAUAGGAAGAUUUGCACACGUGAAGUGGAAGUGAGCCUAUUCGUAAUCUUGCUCGCUAUAAAGUCGUGUUCUUGUAGUCACGCGAUAUCGUAUUUGCGAUAGAUCGAUUAAUUAUACAAUAAUAAGUAUAAUACGCAGAUAUUUAUUACCUAUUCAGUUUCGUUAUUUGAGUUAAUAUUUUGUAAAAUUGAAAAGUUCAUUCUCAUAUUAGAUAGUUUUAAAGAGACAUAUGCGACGAUUG